AUGAUUCACGUGUUCAAUCAUCCAAUUGAGCCCACUUCUCUCGACGAAUUUCAUCAGGAAAAAGAUGGACAAGAGGGAUUAUUUGAUGUGAAUAUAAAACGUCGCAAAGAAGUCAAAUAUCUAGCUGAUGGGCGGAAAGAGAUUAAUGGGGAUUUACAAGAGAAAAAGGCUCCAAACGAGUUGUGGCGUACAACAAUCACUCGGGGAAUGGCUCAAGAAUGGAGGGAAAGAGCUGAAGGGGGAAGACUUCAACAAGCAAGGAUCUAUCUUCGUGAAAUGGCAUACAAUGUGCUUGGAUGUUUGACAAAUCUCGGGACUUCUCUAAAAGCUUUCCACCCUCCAUCCUCGUCAAUGACGACUCUCCUGCUCGUCGCACUCAACAUCUUCCUCGUCCUCGGUCUCUUGCGUAUCAUGAAAAUUCUU